CUGCAAACGCACCGUCUUCCGCAGCGCUGAAUACACCGCUUCGACGUCCUAGAGAUCGCUGUGCGCUCGCGUGGACGUCGGGGCGUUGGGUGAUUGUAAAUCCAUCGUAGGCAGUAAAUCCGGGGUAGGCACUCGGGGUAGCUAGUAUCGGCACUGUGGCGUUGCGGAUCUUCUCACUUGUUAUUCGCAGAAUGGAGAGACCGGACCGAACGCGAGGUCGCGAUCAAGACAGUGGCCCUCGGGCGGCUAAAGGGUCGGUACGAUGUGCACAAGCCCAGCACAAGCCUCUCCGUCGGUACCUUUCUGGGCGCAUAUGGAGGUUGGUCAUGCAUGCCCGACGCACUGCUCGUCGAUGGACCACACCGGCGCACUGUCGCGAUGACUCGGCCUCAGAUCUCACCCAUCGCCCGCUGCAUUGUCCCUUUGCCGUCUCGUCCCCGCCAAUUCACUUCCAGGCCCGAAUUUCCGACUCUUCGUUGCCAAUUCGCCCAGCCCGUCGACGCCACGACCAACGCGGCAUCCACAUACCAGUUCAGUCCAUCCAGCCAGGAAACCUGGGUCCCAGCCAUCGCCCAUGGCCAUCUGUGUCGCUCAGACCGGCCCGCACGUCAACCUUUGCAUCACGCAUCCGCCCCCUCGGAUCUCACAGAACAAUUUCUGUCUCGGGCCCGCUUGCUCUGCGCGGGCAACCUGGGUCCGGCGCACGGGCACGCGUAAAGAAACCGCAGCUUUCUGGGGCUUCUCUGGAUCUGCGCUGCUCGAACGGGGCAGAUCGGUGGUCGGGACUCGGGGGUUGUUGCUCUGGCGGGCGAUCAAUGGCUAUCAGAUUUUGGACGCCCGGGUGUUGUACGCGUAUUUCUCGCGAGGCGCGAUCAAGCUUGACGAAGGAUCCUCGCCAAGAUCUUCGCCCUUGUGCGUCCACACUCUUCGCGGCGGUCGGGCUCUACGACGCUAUCUGCUUCACCUCAGGUCGCUGCAGAUCAACCUGCUCAGCCUCCGCACGUUACGACGUCCGUCUCAUCUCUCCGAUUGCCUCCCGGUGGUACAAACUUGCAGAUGAGGCGGCGUGGUACGUCCGCCCUUAGCCUGUACUGGUCGUGCGCACGGUCUAGCCGCCGUGCUUUGUGGCCGAGUUCAACAAAUUCAACGCCGGUCAAUGUUGCGACAGUGGGUCCAGGAGGAUGGCGGUAGCCUUCCGCAACACGGUCAACAGCGAUAGGCGGACUAAGCUUGAAACUCUGGCUCAGGCGGAAAUUUUGACGGCACUCCAUUGGACGAGGGAGGGUUGUCCUAUCGAGGCUCUGCAAGCU